ACCCUUUCUGGCAAUAAAAAAAGGAUUAAGGUGUUCAAACACCAAAUAGAAACCUUUUUCAAGGCAUCAAGUUCGCAUUAACUUCACAUUGUACUUGUGGUGAGCAUGUUUGUUUGCAUGUCCAAGGUAUCUAUCUGGUUUUUGAACAUCUUAACACCUGUUUUAUUGCCAUUAAGGGUAAAAACCUAUUCUUAUUUUUCAUGCUUUGUGCCACCGCGAAAAACGUACACAGCAAUGGGACCGAAUACUGGUUAACAUUUACUGGUAAUAUUCUGUGAUGGACAAAAUACAUUCAAUGUAUACAAAUGACGAAAAAAACUGCGUCUCGCAUAAUUUCGAUAAAAUGUACAAAUUCCAUUGAGAUGUUUAAUUUAAAUCAAAUGUAACUUACAUACUGCCCAUAUGUGAUAAUUUUUUCAGUUCUAUGUCUCGUAAUAGCCUCGUUGGAUGCAUCUAAGCCAAUGUUUAUUUAUUUUUUCCCCAAUGCCGCCCGUGCAGGCCCGGAUCCGGCCGUGACAUCCGGCAACGUCAGUGAGGUUCCUGCACCGGAGCAGUCGCCCGACGAUCAGGCCGGAAUCCAGGUCUGGAAAUCCGUCUGUCAGAAGAACACCGGCAUCGGAGAAGGCAGCGGAAACCCCGCGGCACUGCCAGCGCUGCGACGGCCAAUCAGCUGCCAGAGCGCCAACUCCUCCCUCUCCGAGCUCUACAGCCGGGAGUCGUGGGAGGGGAACGAGGGAGAUGGCGCCUUGGGUCCCAAUGUCACUCUCGGCUGGCCCGGCGGAGAGACUCGCAGCGGAAGUGCUGGUGGCGGUGGUGGCGGUGGCAGCCGGAUGACCAACAACAACAGCAGCAGCGGUGGCAGCGUUGGCGGUGGCGGCGGCGGAGGUGGAGACGGAGGCAGCGGCAGCUGCAGCGGGGAUGGCGCCAGCAGCGGUGCCCCCAGCUCGGACUUCCCAUGUCCGUCCGGGCCACAGCCCACAUGCCUUGGCUGGGCCUUGGCCUUCCGCGGCGAGGCGGACUUUAAUGAGGAAAUCAAGACGUAUGCACAGACGUUGGGCCGCAAAUACGGGCAGAGCGCCGGGCUGGAGGAGAGGUUGCAGGAGCUGGAGCAGCAGUUGAUGCUGGAGAAGAAGAACCUGAAAAAGACGCAGACGUAUUACCGCAAGCUCACGCAGGGAUCCGUCAAGAGCAAAAGUGGUGGCGAUCGUGGGCUACUGUUCAAGCUCACGUCCCAGAUGGAGGAGACACAGGGCAAAGUGGAACUCAUGCACUUUGUGCGCUCCUACCUGGAGCUGCUGACGGCUGAGCAAUGUGGCCUGAACCUGUACGACCUGCCCUCGCUCAAGACGAGCCGAUUUGCGGGGCAGCCCAACCCGGGCUCCGUGACCACCGACAUGGGGGAGGAGGAGGAGGAGGAAAACGCGAUGGCCGGCGACGCGAAAGACGUUGCUCCACCGACCUUUGGCCUCCUCUUCCAGGCGGCCGCGCCCAAAGAGGGUGCCCCAAAGGAAUCGACGGCCUUUGUCCAUGCAGGCACCCCCCUCGGACUCAUGUCCUACCUCUAUGCCAAGAAUUCGCUGUCCCAGGGAUACAUUCACCAGUUCUUCUACACGUACCGCUACUUUGUUUCCCCACAGCAGCUCCUCAGCUUUAUCAUGGAGCAGUUUGUAAACGCCUCCAGUGUCUACACGCCACAUUCGUCCAAGAUCUGCCAGCGCAGCAUGGAUCUGCUGCACAUGUGGUUGCAGACGUGCUACAGGGUGGACUUCGCGGGUGACGCGGAACUCACCAGCGUGCUGCAGGGAUUCAUCUUAAACAAGGUGGUCUCAUACCACGAGACGGCGGGGCAGCACCUUCUGUACCACAGCAGCAAUUGCGACCACUCCAGGGGUCAAGGGUCACUGAGCAGCCUGGAGGAGGACGACGAUUACGCAGUGUUCUCACCGGGCCCCGCAUCGGCACGCGCCUCCUUGGACAUCGGCGCAGCGCGGAGAGCCCGUCCGACGUCGGGUACGGGAGAUCAACACAAGGCCCGGUUGCCCGUGCAGCAGCAGAUGUCCGUCUCGGGCUGCCUGGGCCUCUUCCGACAAAUGUCCUCGGUCGGCGAGAGGGACGCCUCCGUGUACAAGCACAGCGCCAAGAGCCCCGGGGCGUUCAUGUUGGCCAAUUACACCGCAACGCAGAUAGCGCUGCAGCUCACCCUGCUGGAGGAGGUGAUGUUCAAGUCGUGCCUCCCCGUGCACUUCAUGAACACACGAGCGCAGGGCGUCAGGGAGAAUCUGCAGCCUGGAAUCAACAGACUGACCAUUUGCUCGCCGGAGGGAGUCAGCCUGUUUGUGCCUGACUGCAAGCCCCGGGGAAGUCUGUGGAAAUUCCUGGACCACUCUGCCAACAUCAGCACCUGGGUGUCCGCGGAGAUCCUAAGCUGUGACUCCAUCAAGACACAGCUGGCUGUUCUCUCCAAAUUCCUGCACGUGGCCAAGACCUGCAGCAGCCUGCGCAACUUCGCGUCCAGCAUGCAGAUCCUGAACGGGCUGGAGAACUUCACCGUUAGGCAGCUUCCCGUGUGGAGAAGCCUUCCCUCCAAGGCGAUGGCCAUCAUGGAGGAGCUGGUGGCAGUGAAGGUAUUCCUGAAGAGUGACAGCGAGUGUUUACUGGAGGCCGAUACCAGUCGGCCCAAGCCAACCAUCCCCUGCCCUCACCUCUUCUCCAUGCACGUGCAGCAGCUCGAAGUUGGAGGUUUCACAAUGGCCAACAGGAUGUACAAGUGGCCCAAGUUAAGAUCGCUGGCAAGGACGGUCCACCAGAUAGCGGCGUUCCAGAGUCGCACGUACGCCCUGGCGCCCGACGAAGAACUGAAGGUGCAGCUACGUGCACGCAUCUGCCGCUUCCGCGGCGUCGACCUGCAGGCGCUGGCCUCGCAGCACGAACCCAACUACCACCGGCAGCCGGCCGAGCGCAACUCCCGCAAGGUGCACGAGGUGCUCGCCAAGGUCAGGGCCACUUUCCAGUAACGACCGCCGCCAGUUAAGAGAAGUCCAGCGGCGUCGCAAGUGGGAGCCUCCGCGCUUGCGACUGUGGUGGUGGCGCAAGCCGGUCACGGGAGGUGUCCUCCAUACGCCUCCAGCAUGGGACAUACGCGACUCCUAUUGGCGCGUACGCAAACAUACGCGUCUCCUCUUUGGAGUGGGAUGCUCCUGGACGGACACAAACACACACACACGUUUACGUGCGUGCAAGAUGUGCCCGUCACUUGCGGCAUGAAACUUUGAAUCCCCAGAAAGACAGCUUGGAAGGUAAAGCCACUCCUCAGUUGUCUGGAUCAAAUGUUAAGACAGAUGAGCCUCAAGUGAAUUUGCCAAUUCAGAAUUGUCUUAUGCGUGUAUUUAAUGGUUUCGUAGCUCUAGAUGCUUUGUGUGUUUUUCCCCUGUAAAACAGGCAUGCACAAAAAGAACAUACAAUACACGCUUUGCAUGACCACGCGCACAUCAAGACAAAUUGCGUUCCAGUGAAACUCGCGUUAAUUAUGGUUAUCUUCCAUCUCUUCGCUCCGAGUUUACGGUACGUCAUUCUGAAUAAAAAGGGAAAUAUUAUAGGUUGUGUAUACAGACGCAUCAUUGGAAUGCCAAUGUGGUGCCGGUAACAAUAGACGUGAUACUAAGAAAUAAAUAUACGAUAUGAUUAUGUUUUGGCCGAGAAAGCUCGAUGUGUAAAUCCGUGAUGAGAUCAAUCCACACAUUUCACGAAUCGUUCAUGUUUUUUUGAAAACUGCAAAUACUGUACUAUAUGUGAAAGAGAAAACAUGACACGAGUUAUAUAAUUUAUUUGUGACGAUUAUUGUACGACAUUUUUACCUUUUGAACAGGCUGAACGUUUCCUUGUUCAUGCAUUUUGCGACAUCACCGGGAGAAAUAGGUCAUCAAAAUGUAUUGCUCAGCAUCACUCUUAACGGACUGCGAUGUUUGUACUUUAGAGAGUACAGCCAGCGGCAGUGCAGUAGAGUUGACGGAGAUCUUCAUUGCACCGGAAUGUUUCGUAUCGAGUGAAUCCACAAGAGUCACGUGUUUCAGCUGUAUCCAUGUCAGGCUUGAAAAUCACUUUUCCCCGAUUCCCUACCAAACGCGUCUUUGCUAAGGGACCAUUUUUAAGCGAUAUUUGCUGCUAAACAGUCAUUCGGUCACUGCUUCAUGGAGGAUGCUGCUGUCUUUUUCGCGAUGGAGUUAAAUAAAAUGACGAAACCGAACGUGAGAAGCAGUUUUUAUGAGAAGGGGUUAUUUUUGAGCCAGCGGCGGACAUAGAGGACGUGAAAAGCCAACAAGUUGCCUUGAAAGGACCGAGAAUUUGUACACACCAACAAUAGCUUUACAAACGUAAUAUUUGAAAAAGUCAUCUUUGGCUUCAUUUGAAUUACUUUAAUGUUUAACAAAAAAACAAUUGGCCCAUAUACUUUGGCGUGUUAUUUUUGGUUUGUCAAAAAAGCUAAAUGUUUCAUAUUUUCCCCCCACAAUAUUUAAUCAUUACUUUUUGUUAUAUAUUAGGUAAAGCAUGUAUACAUUCAAUGUUAGAUUUGUUUUCUCAAAUAACAUUCAUCAUGUCCAUUUGGACCGAAAUGACAGGUUUGCAAAAAAAUCUAUUUCACAAUGAAUAAGGUAAUUAUUUACAGUUUAUGUAAAACGCCAAACCAACACGUGUUUCCUAUUUUCAACUAAAAACUGACAGAUUUGCACAUCGUUUUUUUCCGGGGGUUUUUUUAUCACUAAACAUCUUUUACGCUCGUCAGUUAUUUAAAGAAACAUUCAGGUUUUUCUUUGUCAAAAACUACAGACAUUUUUUAAGUCUGAUUUGUGCAAAAACUAAGUAUUUUUUUUUCACCAAGAGACCAACUGGGUGGUGGUAGCUAACGCACGUAGCCGGUAAUCCAGCAAUGUGGAGUUGAGGUCUGGUGGUUCGCACAAUUAUCGACUCCCUUCCCAUGGGCAGUGAGGUGCCAUACCCUUGACGUACCAGGAGAAGGCAGUAGAGCAUACAUUUGGACUGACUCACACCUAUUUGGUCGGUAUGGGAUCAAGCAUUCCCCCCCCCCCCCCUUGCAUUACACACGUGCAAAACAUUGCCUCUGCAUUCUCUGGUUUACAAAGACAAAAAUCCCCCCGUAUAGCCUGAACAGACUGCUGGAGCAAGAGCUGUUUACGAGCACCUAUG